AUGCUGGAAGAGUACUGCACUCUAUGCAUCAGAGAUCUGGGCGCAGUAACCACCCGCGAGGAGGUGCUUGAGGCCAUAAUGCGGGCGACGUCGCCAGAAGCAAGAUGCAGGUUUAAACAGAUGGUGCCAGUUGACCGUGGGCAACAGGUGGCAUACGUGCAGGUUAAUCGAGAUGCUGCUGACUCCAUCGCCAAGAAGGGGUAUCUCCGGGUGGGUUUGACGUCCUGCCGGGUGCGGCUGAGCGCGGAGCUCGUGAGGUGUAUUCGCUGCUGGGAGGUUGGACACACCGCGGCCAGGUGCACGGGGGUCGACAGGAGCGCCCUGUGCUUCAACUGUGGCAAAUCCGGACACCAGGCCAGGGAUUGCAAGGAAGAGCCAACGUGCAGGCGUUGUGAGGGGCUCGAGCAAGGUCUCGGUAAAGGACACAGAGCCUUCACCAGACGGUGCGAGUACGAAAACAGGAAAAAAGCGAAAGAGCAAGAAAUAGCCCAACAGGAGGAGGAAGAGGUGUCCCGGAGCCAAGCCAGAGACGACCCAUAUUGGGCACCGGAGGACGAGCAAGCCGGUGCACGAACUGAGGAAGAGGUAGUCCAAAACCAGGAGGAGGAAAUAGAUAAACCCAACCAAGAUGGUGUUUAG